UUUUUCUUUAUAUAACUUGAUACCUAAUUACCUCAAUUCAUAUUGCAAUUUACAGUUAAUUGGAAUUUACAUUUCAUUGCAAUUUAAUUUAACAUCAUGUCUACCUCCAGUGAAUGCAAUUAUAAUUUUAAAGAAUUAAGUGUGAAGCGAAAGUCGAUCAAAGGUCAAAUCACUAAAUUUAGAAACUUUUUAUGCAAUAUACAGCAAAAAGAUGAAUUAACCAGUGUUGAUUUGGCUGAACUUACGCUCAAACUUGGAAAGUUUGAGUCUUUAUCAUUGAGGUUUGACGAUUUGCAAAAUCAGAUUGAGGUGUUAAAUUCAGAUAAUUUAGACAGGGAAAUAGACGAACGGGAGAGCAUCGAGAAUGAUUUUAUAAUUAAUAUUGCAGCAAGUAAGAAAAUAAUUGAUUCUUAUAACUGUGACAUUCAACAAAGGCGCGAAUCUAUAUUUCAUGAUGUCACUGCUUCUGCUCAAUGCUCAUCCGAUCAUAAUAUGGGGUUCAAGUUGCCACAGAUACAAAUUGCGAAAUUUGGCGGAGCAUAUUUCCGCUGGCUGGAAUUUCACGAUACCUUUGAAAGUUUGAUUCAUAACAACAAUAGGAUUUCUAAUAUUCACAAAUUUCACUAUCUUGUUUCGUACUUAGAGGGAGAGGCGGCAAGAAUUAUAUCUAACUUCGAAAUGUCAUCAGCCAAUUAUGAACAGGCAUGGCAGCUUCUCUGCAAUCGAUACAAUAACAAACGACUUUUAACAAAUCAUCAUUUAAAUUCCUUACUAAGUAUUCAAUCAAUAACUCGGGAAUCAGAAAAGUCGUUACGAUUCUUAGUAGAUCACAUGACAAAAAAUCUACGUGCAUUGUCCAGUUUAGGCCAACCUACUGACAAGUGGGACAUGCUUCUCAUUUUCAUGCUUUCAUCUAAAUUGGAUAAUCGUACUCUUACUAAAUGGGAAGAGUUUCGUAACACACUUGAAGAUAUGCCGACUUUAGCUCAAUUUAAUAAAUUUUUAAUUGACCGAGCUGACGUUUUGGAAUCAAUUAAUAGAAAUAAAUUCGAUAGCAACAAUAAUUUCAGUAAAAAUUCACCCACAACGUCACGCAGUUAUGGACAACAAUCCAAUAAUAAUAAUUACAAUAAAGGCACUACUUACACCAAAGCGCUUACUAGUGUAAAUACACAAAAGCCUCACAAUAUGUUUGUGUGCGUUAUAUGUGGAGACAAUCACAGAAUAUAUGAUUGUUCUGUUUUUAAGUCCAAAAGUGUACAAGAUAGGCUAAAUGAUGUAAAAAAUCAUAAAUUAUGUAGCAACUGCUUACGGCAAGGUCAUUCAUUAAAUAACUGCCGCAUGGGACCAUGUCGCGAGUGCAAAAAGCGACACAAUACGCUUCUUCAUGAUCCCACAAUAUCAUACAAGUCUAACAUUUCAAUCAAUGAUUCUGAAUCUACAACUAUUGUCAAUCAUUCCAUACAAAACCAACAAGUAAUUCUGUCAACUGCCUUAGUAGACGUUCUCAAUCCCAUCACAAACCAGUCAAUAAAGGUGCGUGCAUUGUUGGAUUGUGGAAGCCAGUCAUCUUUUGUCACUAAGUCAUUACAAAAUAAACUAAAGCUAAAAUCAAACCGUCUAAAUAACAUACAAGUUAUAGGAAUAGGCAACAGCUGUUCUAAUCAGCCCAUAGAAACUUGUAACGUUCAAUUACAGUCACAAAAUAUAUCGUUCAGUACACAAUUAUCAUGCUUCGUACUGAAUGAAAUAACUACAGAGCUGCCAAGGGCUCCUAUCGAUAUCAAAACUCUAAAAUUACCAUCAUCCAUCAUACUGGCCGAUCCCACCUUUAACCAGCCCUCCAAGAUUGAUAUAUUAAUCGGGGCAGACAUUUUUUGGGACAUUCUUGAGAACGAACAACGUUCUUUGGGGUGCCCAGGUCCUAAAUUGCAUAAUUCUAAAUUAGGGUGGCUAAUUUCCGGUCCUAUAUUUACACAAAAUUCAUCAUCUAAGUCAGUACAAUGUAACCACGCUUCUAUUUCACAAAAUUCAAAUAAUGAAGUAGACAAAAUGCUUCCUAUAUUUUGGGAUCUUGAAGAGAUUCCCCAAAAACGCAUCCUAAACAAAAAUGAUGAGGAAUGCGAAAACCAUUUUUUACAAAAUACAGUUCGAUUAAACAAUGGCAGGUUUAGUGUGAAGCUGCCCUUAAAGGACACAGCUGAUUAUUUAGGUGAUACAUUCGCUCUCGCUAAAAGACGAUUCAUCUCACUAGAAAAACGAUUCAAACGAAAUGCUAAUCUAAAGGCAGAAUAUUGUAAAUUCAUAGAGGAAUAUUCAAGUUUAGGACAUCUUUCAGAAAUUAACAUAAAACCUGAUCCAUCAUAUUUUCUCUGUCAUCAUGCUGUUCUGAAGGAAGUUAGCGAGUCCACCAAGUUGAGAGUAGUUUUUGAUGGCUCGGCAGCAUCGACUUCAGGAUACUCACUUAAUGACAUAUUGAGGUCAGGUCCCAAUGUGCAAGAUUCCUUAUUCUCUAUUCUAAUUAGGGCUAGGCAAUAUAAAUAUUUACUAACCGGCGACAUCGAAAAGAUGUACCGCCAAGUUGAGGUCGAUGAGUCAGACCGCAAUCUGCAAUUAAUAUUGUGGAGAAACGACGAAUCUCAACCUAUUAAAAUAUUAAGGCUAAACACAUUAACGUAUGGCACAGCCAGCGCUAGUUAUCUGAGCACUCGAUGUAUUUAUCAACUAGGUGACGAGUGCGAAGAUGAAAUAGUGAAGGAAAUAAUUAAAAAUGAUUUUUAUGUAGACGAUCUAAUUACAGGGUGUGAUCAAGAAGAGGAUUUACGCAAUUUACAAUAUUCAAUUUCUAAAGUAUUAAGUUCAGGAUGUUUUAAUUUACGAAAGUACAAAAGUAAUUCACGCACAUUGUUUCAAAAUUGUAACAUAUCAGGUAAUCAGGAAAAUUUAAUAUUUAGUGAAUCAACCUGUACACUCGGUCUAGGAUGGGAUCCAUCCACCGAUACCUUGCAUUUUCCAACAAAAUUCACCCCGCAAGAUAAUAAUGCACCAAUUACUAAAAGGUCAAUUAUGUCUCAAUCUUUCAAGAUAUUCGACCCACUAGGUCUAUUAAGUCCUGUUAUAAUACAGCCUAAAAUGCUAUUGCAAAAAAUGUGGCUACAAAAAAUAGACUGGGAUGAACCAGUGCCACAAGAUAUCAAAAAUAGUUGGGAAAUAUUUAAAAAUAAUAUAACAUAUUUAAAUCAAUUACGAAUUCCACGAUUAGUACUGUGUGACAACCCUAUUUGUAUUGAAUUACAUUCAUUCAGUGACGCAUCUCAAUAUGCUUACGGUGCUUGCAUCUAUAUGCGUACGGUGAACGCUAAUGGCAAUGUGAGCGUUAAGUUGUUGUGUUCUAAAUCGAAAGUCGCUCCGGUAAAACCUACAACAAUGCCGCGUCUUGAGUUGUUGGGUGCCUUGCUCGCCGCGCGAUUGUGCAAGUCAGUCACAGAUGCGUUACGAUGCAAACCGACGCGUAUUAUUCAUUGGUGCGAUUCAAGCAUUGUUUUGGCUUGGCUAAAACACGAUCCAAGGCAAUUAAAAUCUUUUGUAGCCAAUCGUGUUAAUGAAAUUUCAGAAAUAACCAAUGUUUCAUCUUGGCGUUACGUGCCUACGUCACAGAAUCCCGCAGAUCUAAUCACUCGUGGUGUAAACACAAAUCAAUUAAUAUCUAUGAAUUUAUGGUGGCAAGGCCCAGAAUUUUUAACCAAUGAUUCAUCAGAUUGGCCGAUUUUAAAACAAAAUAAUCAACAAAUAUUACAUGAAAUUAAAUCUAAUGCAGUUACCAUUUUCGAGUCUAUAAUUAAUUUUGAUAAUUAUUCCAAUUUCAACAAAUUAUUGAGGUCAUUUGCUUAUAUAAAAAGAUUUAUCAAUAACGUAAAAAAUCCAAAAAACAAACAAUUAAAUUCUUUAACCGCUGAAGAACUAAAUAAUGCAUUCCAUUGUUUAUGUUCCAUUGCACAACGUCAAUCGUUUCCCGUAGAAUAUGAUAAUUUAAUAAAUAACAAAUCAUUGAAGUCAAAAUCUAAAAUACUUUCAUUAUCGCCAUUUUUUGACACAGAUAAGCAGCUCAUACUGGUGGGCGGGAGGAUUGAUGCCUCGGCAUACACUUAUGAGAAAAAACACCCUAUAUUACUUCAUGCCUCCCAUCGUUUAACAAAAUUAUAUUUUGAGCGUGAACACAUACGAAAUAUGCAUGCAGGUCCCUCAUUAUUGUUAGCCACUGUCCGUGAAACCGUAUGGCCAGUGAACGGCAGGCGUCUUGCCAGGCGUGUUGUAAAUAACUGCGUGCGUUGUAGGCGCGUAGUAGGUAAAACGUUGUGCCCAAAGAUGGGUAACCUUCCAGCCCAAAGAAUAACACCUGGUUAUCCAUUUAUGUCUGUGGGUUUGGACUAUGCAGGACCAUUUUAUAUUUUAAAUCGAAAAGGACGAGGCAGUCGUGUCAUUAAAUGCUAUUUAUGUUUGUUUGUUUGUAUGCGAUACAAAUGCAUACACUUAGAAGCGGUCAGUGACCUGUCCAAAGACGCUUUUCUAAUGACAUUACGAAGAUUUAUAGCUCGUAGAGGAAAGCCAGCAGAGGUAUUUUCCGACAAAGGUCGUAAUUUCGUGGCUUCCUAUAAAGAAAUUAGUCAGUUUUUAAAGGAAAAUGAAUCUGCUCUUUGUGAUUUUGCAAAUCGCGAAGGUAUCAAGUUUUUUUGCUCUCCAGCAUACGCUCCUCACUUCGGAGGUAUUUUUGAAGCUGGAAUAAAAUCAGCUAAACAUCAUAUUAAACGUGUAAUGGGAAAUACCCACCUUACUUUUGAGGAGAUUUCUACAUUGUUUGCGCAAGUGGAGGCCAUCUUAAAUAGCCGACCCUUGUAUCCCUUAUCUUCCUCACCAAAUGACUUCCUUCCUCUCUCCCCAGGACACUUCAUGAUCGGCAGACCGAUGACAUCGUUGCCAGCGCCAGAUCUACACAACUCUAAAGAAACCAGUCUUCGACGAUACGAACGUCUUGAGAAGCUGCGACAGCACUUUUGGAAUAGAUGGCAGAAGGAAUAUAUUGGAGAACUACAACAGAGGACCAAAUGGAAGGACAAUAUCACAAAACUCAAAAUUGGCGACAUGGUACUGAUACACGAGGAACACGUACCACCUCUGAACUGGAGACUAGGCAGAGUCGCCAGACUAUUUCCUGGUACUGAUGGGAUCUCCCGGGUAGCAGAUGUCAACACCGUGCGAGGAUGCGUAAGAAGACCGCUCACUCGUCUAUGUCCACUACCAACCGAAGAUUCUUCAUGUUGAAAGUUCCUUUCAACGAGGCGGGAAGAUGUUGCGGCUCAAUCCGUCUAUCAAGCGACUCUAAUACUUAAUUGCAUAACUUAUAAUUAAAUAAUCAAUUAACUUCCUUUCCUAACUAAAUCGUAAUUUCUAAUACAUGUAAUUGUUUGCUAUUGCUUUGUCGCAGGCGUUUUUAAACUUCAUACUAUUUUGUACUGUCAAAAUCACUUACCUUCCAGUCGCCGCGCGAUACGCACUAUUGUAAUACAUUUUCAAAUAAUACGAAAUAUUCAUCAAA